UCGAGUCAUGUCGUGAAAGAAAUCUUUCAUCAAACAAGAAAAUGCACUCCCUCUAAAUGCUGUGUAAACAAAUUUUGCGAAAUAACCAUGGCGGACUAUAAUCCGUUCUUCGGAGAUGAGGACGGAGAAAUUGAGGAUAGCAUCAUUGCUGCGGUAGAAGAAGAAAAAUCAAGACCAUCCUCCAAAUCUGAAGGUUCCCCCAAGACUGCCUGGUCCAAAGAAGAACUGAGUUAUGACUCAAUAGCGGUGAAAUUACUAAAAGACAACCUUCUGCUUUCGGCAUUGGAAUUGCAUACGGAGCUCACUGAAAAUGGUCGGCAGCUGCCCCGCCUCCGUGAUUACUUCUCCAACCCGGGGAACUUUGAGAAACAGUCGGCGGACGGCCGCGGUGGGUCUCCUCAAGUCGGGAAUUUGUAUCGAACAUCAAGUGAAACAACAUUUGAUUCCCUGGACUUAGCACGUUAUUCAGAUGAUGGUAACAAUCAGGUGGAUGAAAGAUUAACAGUUCUGGAGUUUGAAUUGCGGAAAGCAAGGGAAACCAUCAAAUCACUCCGAGCUAACCUCACUGAAGCUGCAGAGAGUGACAUUCCAUCACCUGUGCAUUCCAAUACAGAUAUGGAGGGAGCUGUAGCAGAGGAAGCCACCAAGCCUCUUGAAAGGAGAGCAGUCAACUUUCUGGUGAAUGAAUACCUCAUGAACAAUAACUAUAAACUCACAUCCAUCACAUUUGCAGAUGAAAAUGAAGAUCAGGACUUUGAUGACUGGGAUGAUGUUGGUCUGAACAUGCCCCAUCCACCUGAUCUUCUGCACCUCUACCGAGACUAUAGUCGUCAUGUGAUCGUCAAGCCCGAGAUGAAGGAUGUAGGAUGUGGGGAGGAUAGCAUCGACGAGGAGCAGCCGGAAGCGGUGGAGGCGGACCUUAACAUGAGCAUUGAGCAACAGAGGCAGCAUUAUGAAGCUGAAAUGGAAAGUCUUGAGAAGCAAGCUGCACAGCUUAGAGAAGAGAAAGCUGAACUUAAUAUGGUUGUGGAGAAAAUGGAAAGAGAAAUCCAAUCCCUAAAAGCCCCUAAGCAGUCCACACCUAUGGUUAGUCCAAUCACAUCACCAAUGAAAGACCCAACCCUUCACCCUGACCACAGAGGAGAGAGACGGGAGCCCAUUGGCCAGGAGAUGACCGAAGACACGCCCCCUUCAUCAUCAUCAUCCAAUCAGGUGGAAGCAUUAAGGGAUAUACAGCCCGAGGAGGAAGAGGAUGGGAGAGAGGAGGAGGAUGAAGUAGACGGUGUGGAUGAGAUUGAUGCGGUUGUCAACGGCGAUGAGAGGAGUGGGGAGGGUCAGGAGGAGUUCAGAGAGGUCGAAGGUCAGACAGAAGAGAAGAUGGUGGAUGGCUAUUUGACAAGGAGGAAAAACGUUUCUGAAGCAUUCCAGAGGGCUUUGCUUGGGACGGUCGUUCAUCCUGUCGAAACCACAGAGACGAGACUCUUGGAAGAGGUUUCCCACAUAGCGUCAUCGGGUCAAGAGGUCGUGGAAAUGCUUGCAAGAUGUCUGCCCCAUAUCAUUCCUAAUGUACUACUUGCAAAGAGAGAGGAACUUGUACCGUUAAUCCUAUGUACGGCCAGCUCCCAUCCCGAAGCCAAAGAAAGAGAUCAGCUAUUAAAUCUACUUUUCAAUCUCAUCAAGAAACCUGAUGAAGACCAAAGACAAAUCAUUCUAAGUGGCUGCGUAGCAUUUGCUAAACAUGUAGGACCAACAAAGGCAGAGUCAGAACUGCUUCCGCAAUGCUGGGAACAAAUUACACACAAGUAUCUGGAAAGAAGACUACUUGUGGCUGAGUCAUGUGGAGCACUAUCUCCUCACUUGCCAAAAGAAAUCUGUAGCUCGUUAGUCCUCUCCAUGCUACAGCAGAUGCUUGAAGACAGAGCAGAGGAGAUCAGAGGCUCGGCCGUUAAGAGCUUAGGUCUUGUCUUCUCUCUCAUAGAUGAUACAGACAAAUACAAUCAGGGCCUAGACCUGCUACUGAAGGCUCUGGGUGAUAGCUCAGACAGUGUAGUCAAUGCAACUCAACAAGUCUUUCUCUCUGCCUUUGCUGCCUGGGCCCAAGAUCUUGACAGACUGGAAACCAACCUCAUCUCAACAGUACUUAAACGCCUAGAAGUCACUGCCAUUGAUCUUCAAAGGCCCAAGCCAGAUCUCCUACAGGGUGAGAGGCUGAUAGAACACUACGCUCACACGUUACAGUGCCUCGUUCCUGCCUUAUACGCCAACAUCCUCAAGACUGGACCGUUUGAAGAACAGUUACAGAAUGGGGUGGAAGAGGACGGUGAAGAAGAGGAACUUGAAGUGACAAGAUUUCCCAAGCCUCUAUGCUCUCUUCAUAACCUUACCAUCAUCAUGGGUGAUAAGAGACGACUCAUCAGGCUCAUGAAGGCCUUUGAGGCAUUCACCAUUCAAGAGGGAGAUGUGGAAUCAUGGCCUAGUUACAACUGGCUCACAAAUGAAUACAUUCCAAGGUUAUUAGAAGUGGCUGGUAGGUUGGACGCUUCCCAUACUAACUGUGUAAGAGCACUCACCAAACUCUUUGUUCAUAUCUGCAAGACUUUUGGUCCCGCAUUCACGGAUACAAAGGUUACACCAAAGUUCCAAGCAGUGCUAAAUGUUCCCAAAGAACAGUAUCAUACUCUUGUCCGCUCGGGCCAAAGUGCAGUAGCCAAAGCCACGUUACCGGUGUUUGUUUGUGGGGUUCUCGGUAGCCACCAUCGGGAAGACGAUCGGCAUCAGAUCUCCCAUUACCUUCAAGAAGCCAUCGUGAUCCUUGGUCAGUGCCAGGCACCACAGGAUAGCGUCCAUCUUGCUUUCAAUGAUUUACAUGCAAACCCGACCUACCAUGAGCUCCUCCUUGCCACCUUAUGGAGCUGUGUGGUCCAUACAGCUUCCUCCGUCCGCAUCGUCACUGCUAGACUCUUUGAAUUACUUGCCAAGGGAAUCAAUGAAUCACUGGUAUCAUCAAGAGUGGUGCCUGCUCUCAUCACCCUCUCAGGAGACUCAGAUGUUUCUGUCCGGGUGGCCACCAUUCCUGCCUUUGGUACCAUCCUAGAGAACACCAAUCAGAAGGAGACAUUGGACCGGGUUUACACUCAGUUCCAGACCUUCCUUGAUGAUACCAACUACACCCAGGAACACUCACUCAUGGUCCAAGUUAUUCAUACUUUGGCCAAGAUUGGUCCUAACGCAGAACCCAAAUUCAGGGACGAGUUUAUACUACCUCGACUAGCAGCUAUGGCCUAUACCAACAGCCAAUCAACCAAUGAUGUUAACAGAGCGGAGGUCGCUAUGGCUCUCUUUGAAGCUUACAGUGCAAUCUCAUGCUGCUUCUUGUCUGUUGAUCUGAUCCGAGAUGCCAUGCUCCCAGGACUAAGGUGCUUAAGAAAAGACAUGGAGACAGUUCUUCCAGAACAUGAGGGUGUUGUUUCUUCAAUGAUCAAAGAUUUUGAGUCGAAAAUCCAUGGAAAAGAAAGCGAGGAUACAUCUCCCAGGAGCACCAAUCCUUUUUAUUCCCCCUAUAUGGCCAGUGUCAACCCGGACAGCAAGUCGUCGGCCACUAGCAAGACUGCGCCCUCUAGGACCAUGAUGGGUGGAAUCUUCUCUUGGGGGAAAUGAACUGAAGGAGAAUCGUUCAUGGAUCAACCAAAGUGAGACUAGAUAGGGUCAGGUUUGGUGCUACUUGCCACCAGUAGUGCAAACAUGCCCCUCUUGGACCAUUGUAUACUCGUUGCAGAAGGGAUAAGGUAGAAGAAUUCGCUCUCUUUCAUCUGGACUUGUUGAUGAUAUGGCGAGAGGUAAAAUUUGGAAUUCAGUAUCAGGAUCUGGAAUCUGUUUGGGAUGUUGUCAAGAGAUACUACCAAGUUCUUGUCCUGCCCCCCAUCAGAUGGGAAACAUUAUACGCUUUGUAGUAGUCUGAACAUGCAGUCUAAAGUCCCUGACUGGGACUUGUGCACAGGUCCCUCUCAUUCACAAGUUGCACUUGCAUUAGUCUUGUCUCAAGGCCUACAUGUUGUUUAGGGUCUUUAAGGAAAAUUUUGAGAUUCGUAGGACUGGAGGUGAUCUUCUAGUUUGGUUCUGCCAGUCACCUAUGCAACUGCUGCUCCUGGGUCAAUAACCUUCUUGGAGAAAGUUUUAUCUUCUAAAAUGGUGCAAUGGAUAAUAAAUUCCCAUUCUUUGUAGAUACAACAGUUUCCCUUCAUAGCACCACAGUACCAAGUAGGAAAUGAGUGUUCUUGAAUAGGAUUGAUGAUAAUAGCUGGUGAACACUUGUAACAUCAUCCCUACCUAAUCCUUGGAUCAUGACUAGAAAUGUGUCCUUAUCCUUGUUUCAAAAUAGAGAAUGAUAAGUUGCUGAAAAGCUGAUCAGGAACAUUCCUUAUUUGAAAGAGUGUUAUGAUACUGCAGUGGAAUGAUAUGUUUAGGAAAAUAGGAAAACUUACUAUUGAAUUUACUUUUAUUUCAAACUAAAUAAACUAGUCCCGCUAUUGAACCUGACAAUGCCUUAUUGGUUA